CAAUUCUUACCUUUCUAUCUUUUUUGCACUAUUUGCUCUCCUAUUUGUUCUUGGCACGUGAUUACUCAUGAUAUCAAUCGAAAACAUUUUCAUCGGAUAUAAAUUCUCAUUACAAAAUACAAAGUCCACUUUGUAUCCACUUAAAUAUUAGAUUUAUCUUGAAUCUUAUCUGUAAUUGUCAUUGUGACGAUAUUUAAUUUUAUUUUUAACCACUACAGUGCUGUAAUCUUAUUCUAUACUAAAUCGGUAAAGUUGAAAAUCAUACAAAAAUGAUAAUGGUUUCUUUCAUCUUAAAACACGUGAUAGCACAGCGAAGUCCUGUUAUACAAAAGUAUACAGGUAACAUACUCUAAAUAAGAUCGGUGUUGUUAGUAUUAUUAAUUUUUAAGAUUAAUGCAUUAUGGAUUAUUUAACACCACCAAAUUUAAAUGCUGAUGUCUAUAGAAAUAUGACAAUAACAGAUAGGCCACCUACUAUUAAUAAACAUUUGCAAUUUAUUACAAUUUAUAAUGAAAAAAGUGCUAUUCUUGGAGGAAAUAAUCUAACAGAUCGUUAUUGGAAUGGUAUUGUCUGGUAUUAUAAUGAUAUUGCAGAUUUUGAUAGAGAUAAAGCUCUCUUUGCUAUAAAAACAGAGAGUUGUGUUUGUGAUGCUGUUUUUUUACAAAACGAUAAAUUUGUAAUUGGUGAAGAUAGUGGAGCUUUACAAAUUUUUGAUCUAUCUAAAAUACCUAAUGACUCAGAAGAAUUACAAUGUGCAGGAUAUGCUACUUUACAUGAUAGCAGUUUAUUAACAUUAUCUGCAUUUAUAGAUAAAGAACAUGUAGUUUCAGGAGGAAUGGAUUGUUGUAUAAAAAUAUGGGACAUAUCAGAGUUAAUGGCAACAUAUUCAUUUGGUUUUGCUCAUACAGAUACAAUUACUUGUAUUGAUGUUAAACCUGAAAGUAAUACAGAAUUUGCAUCAACAUCAUCAGAUUGUGAAGCAUUAAUGUGGGAUAUAAGACAAUCAAAGCCAGCUCAAAGUAUUCUAAAGAAAGAUGCUGGUUUAAAUGCAAUAUGUUGGAGUCCAAAUUUAUCAAAUAUUUUAGCAAUAGGUACUGAUGAUGGAGAAAUUUUAAUAAUUGAUGUCAGAAAAGGAGGUGUAAAAGUAUUAUCAAAAUCAUCUGCAUUUUCUAGACCAGUACAUAGACUCUCAUUUAAUCCAAAUUCAGAAAGUAGGGUAGAAUUAGCUGCAUGCUGCAACGAUGUUUUUGUAGAAGUAUUUGAUAUAAGUAAUGAUCUUUUACUAAUGUAUCAAGAUGAUCAUCACACUGACUUUGUACGUGGUCUUACAUGGUUCAACAGAUAUUUAUAUUCUUGCUCUUGGGAUAAUACAGUGUUAAAACAUACAAUUGACUUUGAAAUUAAUGUAUAACUUGUUAAUAUAACUAUGAUUAAAAUUGUAAUAUAUAUCCAUUUAUAAGUUUUUGUAUUCCUAUACAUAAAAAUAGAUUUUUUGACUGGUG